CGCGAAGCGCUGUAACUCUCGCGAGAUUUCAAGGUUUGUUUUGGAGGUGUCAUCAUCAGAUGAGGAGGCAGCAUCCACUGGGCUGAGAUGAAACAGCUGUCUGUUAGGCCUGCAUGUUGAGUGGCAGCUGAGUAUUGAGUGAUAACCGACAGGAAAAAGGCCAUGGCUUCAAAUGGAGGGAGUAGACAAGAGGGACGCUUGAUAUCAAAACAAGAGUUAGCGAAGCACAACAAGAAAGAAGAUGCUUGGAUCAUCAUCGACGGAAAGGUGUAUGACAUGACAGAGUAUGUGGCUAAACACCCAGGUGGAGACGCCAUUUUACGGAAUGUUGGAGGUGACGCAACAAGCGGGUUCCACUCGCAACCUGCACACUUCACAGUGGGGAAUUACAUCAAGGAUAAACUCAAGAAUUCCCACUAUGUUGGGGACUUCAAGUCAUAGGAUUAGAGAUAAGAUCUACCCAAUCUUCAAGUGUGAUGGUCAGAUUUCAUUGGACUUUUAAUUUCCAAGUUUUGCUGUUCAGUUGGAUAGAUUGGUAAGGGAAUUGCUGCCCUGAUAUCCUAUUCAGCUGAUGCAAAAUGGUCUGUAUAUUCAGGGAGACUGUAAUGUGAUAAAUAGAUGGCUACCAAAUACAUGUAGUUCUUAGCGGAGAAACACUACUAUCUUGAGAUGAAUGGGCAACAGAAUUCAACAAAUUAAUUGUCUCUGAAUGGUGGCAUAAAAACAUGUAAAUGCCUUAUGUGAAUAAUGAUCAUGUAAUGUUAUACAUGGCUGACACAGUGGAAUUUAUAGUUAAUGUUUAAUGGCAUGGUCCAGUAAAAAGUGCUAUUUAUCUCCACAGUGCUCCACAGUAUCUCAGGUGUAACGUUAUUGGUAGUCCAAGAUUCAUGGUUACAACAUUGAUGUGUUGUGCUUCAGUAAUAUCAUCCAUGCUCCAACUUUAAUGGACAAUCGCAACAGUGAUAAAUAAAGAUAGCUUUAGAUCUA